UCUCUGGUUCUAACAGCUUCCGGGAGAAGCCGGAAGAGACUGGACCCUGGACAGAAUCGGGGGUAGCCAGCCCCUCCCCCGGCCCCUACGGAAAGGUGAGUCCAUGGGCCGUCCUGGCGGAGUCAAAACACUUAGUCUGGCCAUUUCAGGUGAGGACCUCCUUCCCUAUCCAGGCACGGUACCGGUCCAAGCCCCCUCUAGUUUCCCAUGACUCCCCGCGUACUCAAGCCCCGCCCCCAACCCCCUGGCUCCGCCCCGAAGUUUGAGGGGUGUGGAUGGUUUGUGACCCCCUUAUCCGACUCUAUCCCUCACGGACUGGGAGAACUGGGCUUGGGAACAACGGCCGGGACCAGGCAGCCUUUCGGCUCGGGUGGGCCCACGGACCCGUCUCCAGUUCCGCGGGAAGAGGACCGCCCAGACGCGGAGCCUUCGCCUCAGAAAAGGCAGGGUCGGGGACCCUCCUCAUCGCGCGGGCAGGGUCGCUGAGAGGCUGAGGAGGGAGCAAAGGUCUCUGAGGCGGGAGCCCUGGGGUCCUGCCCGGCCCUUGCCCACGAAAGUUCCCUGUGUCUGUGCCAGUCGUCUUCGCCUCUGUUGGCCGCAGUUUCCUUUUCUGUAAACCAGGGUGAAUGACAUGAACCUUCAUACCACCGGGGGUUAGUUGUGGGGGUGAUAAAUAAUUGCUACCGUUUACUUAUUGAACAAUUGCAAUGUGCGAGGCACUGUGCUAAGUAUCUUGCUUCAAUGAUUUUCCGUCAUCUUCAAAACAACCUUAUGAGUGUGGACCCAGUCAGCAGCCAGGCCAUGGAGCUUUCUGAUGUCACCCUCAUUGAGGGUGUGGGUAAUGAGGUGACUGUGGUGGCAGGUGUGGUGGUGCUGAUUCUAGCCUUGGUCCUAGCUUGGCUCUCUACCUACGUAGCAGACAGCAGUAGCAACCAGCUCCUGGGCACUAUUGUGUCAGCUGGCGACACAUCCGUCCUCCACCUGGGGCAUGUGGACCAUCUGGUGGCGGGCCAAGGCACCCCAGAGCCAACCGAACUUCCCCAUCCAUCAGAGGGUAAUGAUGAGAAGGCUGAAGAGGCUGGCGAAGGUGGGGGAGACUCCACAGGGGAGCCUGGAGCUGGGGGUGGUGUGGAGCCCAGCCUUGAGCAUCUGCUUGACAUCCAAGGCCUGCCCAAAAGACACGCGGGCCCAGAGAGCAGCAGUCCAGAGGCCCCCCUGAGAUCUGAGGAUCACACCUGCCUCCCUCCCAGCCCUGGCCUCAUCAAUGUGCGGCUCAAAUUCCUCAAUGACACCGAGGAGCUGGCUGUGGCCAGGCCGGAGGAUACUGUGGGUGCCCUGAAGAGUAAAUACUUCCCUGGACAAGAGAGCCAGAUGAAACUGAUCUACCAGGGCCGCCUGCUGCAGGACCCAGCCCGCACACUGCGUUCCCUGAACAUUACUGACAACUGUGUGAUUCACUGCCACCGCUCACCCCCAGGGUCAGCUGUUCCAGGCCCCUCAGCCUCCCUGGCCCCCUCCUCAGGCACUGAGCCACCCAGCCUCGGUGUCAGUGUGGGCAGCCUCAUGGUGCCUGUGUUUGUGGUGCUGUUGGGUGUGGUCUGGUACUUUCGUAUCAAUUACCGCCAGUUCUUCACAGCACCUGCCACUGUCUCCCUGGUGGGGGUCACUGUCUUCUUCAGCUUUCUGGUAUUUGGGAUGUAUGGACGAUAAGGACAUAGGGAGAAAAUGAAAGGCAUGGUCUUCCUCCUUUAUGGCCUCCCCCUUUCCUGGCCAGAGCUGGGCCCAAGGGCCUGGGAGGGAGGGGUGGAAAGGCUGUGGUAGGUCCUCCUCCAUAGGCUACAGGAGGCAGAUACGGGGCCUCCUCUUCACGUCCAUGAGGGUACAGACAUUCCCUCCAUGCAAGCACAACUCAGGUGAAAUGAGGAUGUCGUCUUCCUUCACUUUUAUGGUCCUGACGUUCAAAGCCUAGCUGGCAGCCCAGCUCAGUGGGGAGCCUGGGCUCUGAGGAUUCCCUCCCAGCUGUGGCCCUAGCUCUUCCUCUUGUCUUGCAUGUCUGUUCCUCAGUAUCCAGGGCUGCCUGCCA